UUUUCGUUUAUAUUGUUUCUUGUUCUGAGAUAGAGUCUUUCGAAAAUAACCUUUCUAUUUCAAUUAGAUAGUGGUAUGGAGUGCGUACACUUUACCCUCUUCAGAGAGAUACUACGUUGUGGGAAUACAGUGGGUAUGCUGCUCUUGUUGUUGUUGCUCUGGAGCUUUUCGAGUUUGUAGAAAUAAAUGUUGUGGGAAUACAUUGAGUAUGCUGUUGUUUGCUCCGGAGCUUUUCAAGUUUGUAGAAAUAAAUAAAGCAGUAAAAAUUAGCAAAUUAUAGAUAGUGUGUUCAUGGUUCAAUUUGAGUUGUUCUUUUUGUUACAUUACGAAUAUAAUUAUGUAUUAGCUUUUCCAAAACCUUUCCGUUUACAGUUGCAAUGUAGUGAUAUUUUUAAAAUCUCAACAAAUUAUAGAUAACGUGUUCAUGGCUCAGUUUGAGUUAUUUUUUAAGUUAAAUUACGAAUAUAUAUAUAUUAGCUUUCUAAACCGCUUUCCAUCUAUAGUAGCAAUGUGGUGAUGUUUUUAAAAUCUCACACUUUUUGUCAUGUAGAAUGACCGGCACAUAUUCAAUUUUAUCAUAAUUUAAGUAUCUACUUUUGCAUAUUCAAAAUUGAACAACGCAGGCCAAAUUAAAGAGCACAUUAUAUAUUAUGCCUUUUCCAAUAAUAGAUUGUAGCAAGAAACGUUACUGAAGUGAAGUUUUAAAACUCCUAGCAAUGAGCGAACUUCCCCAAGAACACCAUAACCCCCCCGAACCACCGGAUAAAACUGAUAACCAAAUGGCUAUCGACUCUACUAACAAAGUAUCAUACAAGGAUAUGGUGAAAGGAAACAAUCACACUUCCAUGGAUUACUCCUUCUCUUGCCAGUUAGGCUCACUCUAAGAACCACCAAAAGAUACAAAUGGGAAAAUAAAACUCUCCACGGAAGAUAGGCAAAGGAUCUACGAACCAUGGAGAUUCUCAGUCAUUAUCAAAGCGGUGGGUAGAAAAUUCAACCAUCAAUAUCUUAAGACUAAAUUGACUGAUCUAUGGAAGAUUCAGGAAAGCUUUGCUCUUAUAGAUCUGGGUAAAGAAUUCUUUACAGUGAAGUUUGCUAGUGAAGAAUACCAAAAAAGAGCUCUACAACAAGGUCCCUGGUUCAUUGCAGGUUCCUACCUUUCCGUGUGAAUUUGGGAGUCCAAUUUACUACCAACAAAAUCAAGAAUUCAAAGUACUGCAAUCUGGAUUCGUCUGCCCCAUAUGCCUACGAAAUUCUAUGAAUUGGGAAUUUUGGAACGCAUAGGAAAAAUGCUUGGAACUCUGGUCAAAGUUGACGCAUGCACAUCCUCUACCUUAAGAGGACGUUAUGCACGAGUAUGUGUCCAGAUCCCACUCGAGACGCCAUUGCUAACAUCAAUACUCAUAGGGGACCAUCUCCAACAAAUCCAAUACGAAGGAGAGGGUUUCCUCUGCAAAGUUUGUAGCUGUCUCGGCCAUACAACUAUAGGAUGCAAAAUCAAGCUACCGUUACCAGAAACUCAAAAUGAACAGUCACCGGAGUACCCAAAAGAAUCAGAACAACGCAUACAAGAAUGGCAAACGGUUAUCUUCAAACGAGGGAAAAGUUACAAGACAAACUACACUAGAAAUCACAUAACUAAGGCAGUUCCAGGUAAAUCUUCUAACCCUCACGAUGACCGGACCGGACCCUCAAUGUCCACAUCUAGAAUCAGUGGAGGCAAAGAGGGCAAAGCACCACUUCAGAUGCUUUCUCCAGGUCAGGGUCGGCCUAAUUACCAAGCGGGCCAAAAUGAUAAAUGGGCCAAGAAUAAUUAUCCUCAACAGAAUAACAAAGGAAAAGAUUUGGUUAGCCCAACUCCUAAGCCCACUUUUGAGGCCCAGUCCAAGGGAACCCGAAGUCCCAAUAACCAGCAUAAGGUUUCCUUGACUAAUAUUUCUUUAGGAACUAAAAAGGAUAGUAAUGCUAAUCCCAAUGCUGAGGUCUCAUCACUCACCCAAAAAGUCUCCAAACCUAGAAAUUCGGAACCCUCUUCUUCCUGCAAUACUCCACCAAUGGCUCCUAACCCAACUAAGAAAAUCACUGCUAACAGUCAAAUCGAAGAUAUUGAAAUGACUGAGGAAGGAGACACUCAGGAUACUCCCCUAUUCAUCUUCCUUCUAACACUAAUUACCAACACAACAACCAUAACUCCAUUCCUCUUCUCACGACUUUGGAGAAGAAAAAUAAUGAGGAUUCCAACAAGCCUCCUCAACAACUCCAACCAGAACCUCAUAACAUUCACCACUACUAUUAAACUACCAACCAACAUCUUGGCUGGAGAUGGGCCUACUAGAACAAGUGGUACCUCUCAACUUGACCUGGGAAGGGUUUCACUUCCAAAUCCUCAUUCAGAAUCACCAUUACCUAGCCCAGUUAAUCAUAGACGGGAUAAAUCACGGGCUCAAAUCAUAUGGUCAGAACAUAUGGAUGACAGCCCUUAUGAACCUAACCAAUCAACCAAAUCCAAUCCCUCCAACUCCACACUUGAUGAAUGCAAAAAUAAUUGCCAUGAGUCAGACUCUACCCUUCUUUCCUCCCAAAAUGAGGGAACUGCUGGAACAAGUCCCUCCUUUUGUGAAUGUAUCUGGGGAGGGACAGAUAGCCCUGACACCUCCAGGGCCUCCCCUGAAUCCACCCUUAAACUGGGAAAGGGAAAAAAAGCUGGAAGCACUAAGAGAAGGAAAUAUGGAACUAGAGGGAAUACUGCAAACUCUGAAAGUUCCAAAAAUAAAAGCCAUAACCCUAGAAAGGCCAGUCCAUCUCACAUUCGAAGAGGUAACAGGCAAGAUUUCAAUUCUCCUUAUUCCCAAAGAGAUAAACAAGAUGAACCUAGAGAUAGUUCCCCUAUGUCCAGUGACAGACGCUUAUUACAAGACCAAAAUGUCAUCUCUAUCCAAGAAGAGAAAGAGGCAAAAUUCUGUAAUGGGGAGGGGAAAGGAGAUCCUAAUGGAUAUCCUGGAAUGGGACAUACCAACCAUGACAAUGAUGAAUUGCAUCAUUUGGAACACUAG